AAGGGGGGGAAGGGAAAACCUUGCUCUUCCACUUUCCCCAUGUGUGUGCUGUUUCUGCUUUCUCUGUAUAGUGCAGUGUAUGUGUGGGGAACUGCAUUUUUCUCUGCUCGCCCAAUGAAAAUUGUCUCGCUACACUGAGUCCUGCCUAGGUUAAACUAAACUGGCUCACAAUAUAAAGUUAAUCCUUCUCAAACUGCCUAAACACUGAAGUAGGAGUAUUUUGCCCUUCCUAAUAAAUAAUCCUUUGCAGACUUUUAAAAAUGUGCAGCAUUUGUGUGUGUGUGUUUAGUAGGAAAAAGGAAAUCUUCCAAGGGUAAACUUUUGUUUACUGACCGUGUGAUAUUUGAAAGAAAUCAGUGUGGAGGAGAACAAGGAAGUGAUCCUGACGGCUGAAUUGUGUUUGAAAUUUGAAGACAGGGAGGAAAAACUAGAGCAGGAUGCUUGUUCCUUUUCGCUUUCUUUGCUGGGGCAGUGCCCAACCCUCCUUUCUUCCAGAGAAACCAGAUUGUGCAGGCCCCUUUUAGCUCGUCGUUAAUCCAGCAGAAAGUUUGCAAAGAGCCACAGUGCCGGAAAUGUGGCGACCAGCCUCUGUAGUUGCUUGAACAGAGAGGAGGACGAGCCGUUUGGAAAGAAAUUUAAUGUUCAGCACUACUGCUAAACCACGUGUAGCAGGGAGACAAGCACCAACAGGGAGAAAGCUUCACAUGGCUGUAAACAACUUUUUAUUUGUGCUUGCUCUGAAGACUUCAAAAUGUGAUUGGGACCAGGUGAUUUGACAUUCAGUUUCUCAGUUGUGGCUUCCUGCUUGUGGAAUGCUCUUCCCAGCAAGGUCCAACUGGCUCCGUCUUUAACAUCCUUCUCGUGCCAGGUGAAAACGUGCCUCUUCUCCCAGGAAAAUGAGGAAGCUUUUUAUUUGCUGGACAUGGCUCCCUUUCAUCCUUUUGAGCAUCUAUGUUCAUUGUGGAUCAGCUGGGAAUGUUUGUAAAAUUAUGCAUAAGAUGGCAGAUUGUAGUCAUUUAAAGCUGACUCGGAUUCCCUCUGAUCUCCCGACCAAUAUAACAGCUUUGGAUGUUUCUCAUAACCAGCUAAAAACGCUUCCACCUACAAACUUUACGAAGUACAGUCAGCUUGUUUACUUGGAUGCAGGAUUCAACUCAAUCUCUAAACUGCAUGCAGAACUGUGUAUGAAUUUGCCUCUGUUAAAAGUUUUGAAGCUGGGACAUAAUCAGUUGCAUGCAUUUCCUGAUGAUGUUUUUAUUUACUGUACCAAUCUGAAGGAGCUUAAUUUGGGAUUCAAUAUACUGGAAGUAAAAAAUGAGCCUUUCAAAAAUCUGAAGAAUUUGAGCUUGCUCGAUGUCUCUCAAAAUCAUCUAAGCACUUCAAAACUAGGAUUCCAGCAACAGUUGGAGAGUCUUCAGGAGCUUGUGAUGUCUCAGAAUAAAAUUACUGAAUUGAAGGAAAAAGACCUAGACUUCCUUAGUAACUCAUCAUUAAAUAAACUGGACUUGUCAUCAAACCCUCUAAAGGAGUUUCACCCCGGCUGUUUCCGUGCUAUUGGAAAUCUGUAUGGCCUUCUCUUGAACAAUGUUCCAUUGGGACCUAAUAACACAGAGAAACUUAGUUCAGAAUUAUCUGGAACAAGAAUUCAGAAUCUUUCAAUGACCCAGGUGCAACUUUCAUGGAUUUCCAACUCAACCUUCAGUGGAAUGAAAAAAACGAACCUCACCAUUUUAGACCUAUCUAACAAUGCUUUGGCUGGGAUUGAAAAUGGGUCUCUUGUAUAUUUUGAGGAUUUAGAAAUUUUAAAUCUAAUGAAUAAUAAUAUUAGACAUCUCUUUUCUCAUUCCCUCUAUGGAUUGUACAACGUAAAUUAUCUGAAUUUGGGAAAUUCAUAUAUCAAAAAAAUUGAUGAUUUUGCUUUCCUGUGGCUAAAACAUUUAGAGUAUCUUAUUCUGGAUGGUAAUAAACUUAUGGAAAUUACUCCUAAUACAUUUAAAGGUUUAGAUAGUUUGAAAAAAUUGAGUUUAAGCCAGUGUAAUAUGACCACAAUAACAGAGAAAACAUUUUCAUCACUUGCUAAUUCAUCACUGCAGUUUCUCAACCUAACAAAAUGUGGAAUCACUUCUAUCAAGGCUAAGGCCUUUUCUUGGCUGGGACAACUAAAAUCUCUGGAUUUAGGUUUAAAUAAUAUUAAGCAAAACCUCACUGGCCAGGAAUUUCAAGGUCUUAGUAAUAUUGAGACUCUCUAUCUUUCUUACAACAGUCAGGUGAACUUGACAAGUGAAUCCUUCACUUCCAUUCCAAAUCUUAGAAAGCUGAGGCUGAGAAGGGUAGGUUGUAGUAACCUUGAAAUCUCUCCCUCACCAUUCCGUAAAUUGAACAAUUUGACAAUCCUAGAUAUAGGUAACAACAAUAUUGCUAACAUGAGAGAUGACCUGUUUGAUGGACUCCACCAGCUUGAAAUUCUGGAUAUGCAACAUAAUAAUCUGGCUCGACUAUGGAAGCAGGCCAACCCAAAUGGCCCUGUUCUCUUCUUAAAAGGUCUUCAGAAGCUGCAUCUGCUUGAUUUAGAAUCCAAUGGCUUUGAUGAGAUUCCAGGAAAGGCUUUCCAUGGCUUAUCUAAAUUAAGGAGCUUGAAUUUGGAAAGCAAUAAUUUGAAUUUGCUUCCAGAAUUUAUCUUUGAUGAACUGGUAACUCUGAAUUCGCUCUUCCUAGAGAAGAACCUUAUGACAGCUGUUGAUGAAAAAGUGUUUGGAACUAUUUUCACAAAUCUGAAAGAACUAAAUAUGGGAAACAACCCUUUUGACUGCACUUGUGAAAGCAUAGCUUGGUUUGUUAAUUGGCUUAAUGGAAGUAGAACGUAUAUCCAAGGAUUGAAUAAUUAUCUCUGUAACACCCCCUCUAAAUAUCAUAGUAACAGGGUAGUACAGUUUGAUACCUCACCAUGUGAUAGUGCACCCUUUAAAUUGGUCUGCAUUGUGAGCACUACUUUGGUAUGGCUCCUCAUCUUUGUAGUCCUACUCAUCCACUUUGAAGGGUGGAGAAUAAAAUUUCUCUGGAAUGUGACUGUAAACAGAGUCCUUGGCCACAGGGAAUUAGACAGACCACAGCAACAGUUUGAUUAUGAUGCCUAUAUCAUUCAUGCCAAAAAGGACAAGAAUUGGGUGUCCAAGAACUUUAUUCCUCUUGAAGAAAACAGUCAACCAGAAAUUAGGUUUUGCUUAGAAGAACGAGAUUUUGAAGCUGGAAUAUCUGAAUUUGAAGCCAUUGUCGAUAGUAUAAAGAGGAGCAGGAAGAUUAUAUUUGUUGUAACUGAACAUCUCUUAAAAGAUCCUUGGUGCAAAAGGUUCAAAGUGUACCAUGCUAUACAGCAAGCCAUUGAACAAAGUCGGGAUUCCAUCAUACUAGUUUUUCGACAUGACAUUCCUGAUUAUAAAUUGAAAAAUGCACUUUGUUUACGAAGAGCAAUGUUCAAAUCUCGCUGUAUCUUGGAAUGGCCGGUACAGAAUGAUCAGAUCAAUGCAUUUUACCAGCAGUUAAAAUCAGCACUUAAAACUAGUAGCAGGAUACUAUGACAUUUUAAAAGGAUUAUAGUAAACUAUUUUGGAUGUUUGAAUUAACAGCCAAAAUUCUAUCCAUAAUAUACGAUAUGAAAAGGGGGAAAACAUCAACUGUGUAGACCGGAAUCACAGAGAGUAAGUUCAGGUAACCACUAAAUGCAGAAUGUUCUAAAGCAUACAAGAGGACAUGGCUAGUAACCUCAAUAUCCCUUCUCUCCACCCCAUGUGUGAAGACGAUCUCAAAGAGGAAAAUCAUGUCCCGAACAGAAUGAAGCUCAGUUCAGUUCAGCUUUCUUUUCUGUCUCCCUACUCCCUACAAGAAAAUAAGUGCUAGAGCAGGCACAGUCUGCUGACUUUUUCUUGACACCUCUUCCUAAAAACAGGGCCUGGAGGUGGCAAAUGAUACCGAGGGUGGAUAGUGGUAUGGUAGUUAAAUAAUACAUGAUGAAUAGUUUGUGUGCUUUAUUUUAGUUAAUAGGUAUAUAAGGUUUAUAGGUUUAUAAUAUAUCUGUAUUGCUAAAAUUGUUACUUUUUCAUUCCCUGAGUUUUCAUUGCUGACUUGACCCAUUUCCUCUCCCUAUCUCUUCCUCUUCCAACAUUUGCUCUACUUUAGUUUGUUUUGUUAUGUGUGCUUUAUUGUAUUGACAGAAAAACAAAGCUGAAUAAAAAUAUUAAUUUAAAAUACUG